AUGCGAAUCGCUGCAGUUUUUCUCGCGCUGCUCCCAUUAAUACUAAAUGGGGAGCCGAUAUUAAAAGUCCAUCGAGGUCACAUCAAUGUCAAUGAGCUAGGAUCAAAUGAAAUGAUAACCUCAUAUGAUAUCAACCAUCCAUACACCUUUGAAGUGUUUCUGGAUAAUACGAUGGAAGAAGAUUAUAUGAUCAAUAAGUGCUAUAUGAAUGAUAGACUUGUUAUUGGAAAAUAUGGAUGUGUACAAUGCGGUCAAUGCGUUUCGAAUUCAAUAGAAACUGAAGCCUACAACAAACCGGGAGCCGUGAAAAGAACGCUGGUUCAAUUUACUGCGCAUUCAAGUUACAUCUCAUUCAAGUGCGAAAUCACAAAAUUCUACUGUUCGGGGUGUGCCGAGAGGUCUUGCCAGCGGUCCUCGCAAAUUUUUCUUUCGCACUACAACUACGUCAAUAUUACUAAAGAAUAUCCUCCAGCAAUGUACGGUGGAGACUCUUAUGUAAUGCCUAUGCCUCAUCCUAAUAUCUAUCCGACUCCAUUUUUUGGACAUGGUGGCAUGAUGGGACCGCCGGUGGUUGCUGCUCCACCAGGAGCAGCGACUUCUUCUCAAUACGGUGUAACGCAGCAUUCUUCGGGCACUUGGCCUUGGUGGAUUUGGCUUCUCCUUCUCCUUCUUCUCCUUCUGCUCCUUUGCUGCCUCCUGGCGCUCUGCCUCGCGGCAUGGUGGAGAAGAAAGAAGAUGCGUGAAACCACGACAACAACAGUGUCCGUCGUCGACACCGGUAAGGAAUGCGGAGUUGGAACCGAUAAGGUUGAUGUGCAUUGCGUCGCCACCGAUACUCAGGACAUUGUGAAAAUUCAACCGGCUAUAGCCUUGGGUACUGAGGAAUUCACCAAGACAACCAGAAUGCGUCAUCAUGGGGAAUAUGAGGAUUCGGCUGCAAUUGCCGGAGGAGCUUACUCGAUUCGAGAAGGAAGGGUGCAUGAAGGAUUCACUAGAACGAUCCCAAGAGACGUCUAUGCUAGCAAUGAUAGAUAUGACAGACAGUUCGCUGGACGAGAUGAUAGAUAUGGAGAUAGAUCGAGCUAUCGAAAUUUUGCUUAUGAAAGGGAUAUGGGACGAGUUGAGCCAUUAGAUGGAUACGAUGAAGUUGAAACAAGAGAAAGAACUUAUUGCUUGAGCGAUGAUGAGCAGGAAAUUGUUGAAAAGGAUGUGAAGAGAACCCAUACCACUAGAUAUGUCCAAGAAACCAGAGAAUUCGAUGAUGGAGAAGAGAGAUUCCGCGGAAAUGAACAUCAUCAUGCCCCAUACACUCACAGUCUUCCAGUCUAA